AUGCUUUGGUUCUUAAUCUGGGACAUUCUGUUGUCCCUCACACUGUCGGCGUCCAUGCCAGUGAUUGACAGCGGCUCGGCCUGCAAGGCUAUUGCCACCUGUGAUCCAUUUCUUCCCAUCUGUGCAACUGCCACAAACGAGCACCAAUUCUUCUACAGCCACUGUGAAAUGUUGCGAGACAUUUGCCUCACGGGAAAGGAUUGGAAAUCGGACUACCUAAGCCAUUGCAACGUUAGCAAACUGUAG